AAGAAGAAGAAGAAGAAGAAGAAGAACAACAACAACAACAACAACAACAACAACAACAACAACAACAACAACAACAACAACAUUAUAUUAUUGGAAAAUUUGAAAAGUUUGAUGGAAAAGUUUGUAAAAUGAAAAAAAAAAAUUAGAUGAAAAAAAAUUAUUAAAAACACAAAAUUGGAGUCGAGAUUUUAAUUUUUUUGAUAGAGAUGAAAAUUCGGAAAAGUUGAAAAUUCGAAAAAAGUUGAAAAUUUGGAAAUUUUGAAUGUUUUGAGGAGUUAGAAGACGGUGAAAAAUCAAGUAGGAAAAAAAUUGUCGCUGAAAGUUUGAAAAUUUAAAAAAAGAUAUGAUUUUUAGAGAUGAAAAUUCGGAAAAGUUGAACAUUUUGAAAAAGUUGAAAAGUUGGAAAAUUUGAAUGCUUUGAGGGAAAACGGUGAAAAGUCAAAUAGGAAAAAUAUUAGCUGGGAAAGUUUGAAAAUUAUAAAAAAAAUAUACGAAUCUGUGUUUUUUUGAAGAGCAGAAGUGUUUUGAAAAGUUGAAAAGUGGAAAAUAUUUGGAAACGGUGAAAGGAAAAGUUAAGGAAAAAAAAUAUGGCUGUGAAAGUUUGAAAAUUCAUAAAAAGAAGCGAAUUUUUGGGGACAGCUGAAAAGUUUGAAAAUAUCUGAAAAGUUGAAAAUAUCUGAAAAGUUUGAAAAUAUUUGGAAAAAGCGAAAAGUUGUCAAAAAAAUUGUCGCUGAAAGAAGUUUGAAAAUUUAUGAAAAGAAACAACUUUUUGGGUUUGAAAAGUUGAAAAUUUGGCUGUGAAAGUUUGAAAAUUUAUAAAAAGAAAAGCGAAUAUUUUGGGUGAGCUGAAAAGUUGAAAAUUUACAAACGGUGAAAAAAAAAGUUUGAAAAUAUUAAAAGAAAAAGAUACAAUUUGUUUUUUCGAAGAGCAGAAAUGUUUUUGAAAAGUUGUUGAAAAGUUGUUGAAAAGCCGUUGAAAAGUUGUUGAAAAGUCGUUGAAAAGUCGUUGAAAAGUUGUUGAAAAGUCGUUGAAAAGUUGCUGAAAAGUCGUUGAAAAGUCGUUGAAAAGUCGUUGAAAAGUUGCUGAAAAGUUGUUGAAAAGUCGUUGAAAAGUCGUUAAAAAGUUGGAAAUGGUGUGAAAAAAAAAGUUAAGCAGAAAAAAAUAAUAAUUGACUCUGAAAAUUUGAAAAUAAAAAAAAGAAAUAUUGAGUGAAAAUUAAAUGAAAAUUCUGGAAAAGUUGCCAUGAAAGAUAUUUUGGCCGAAGGGAAAAUGAAAAUGUCGGAAAAUCUCGACUUGACCGAACGGAACUUUCUGGAAAAUUCGGUCAAAAAGACUCCGAAUUUUCCGACUAACAACAACAUCAACAACAACAACAAUAACAACAACAACAACAACAAAGAAGAAGAGGAAGAGGAAGAGAAAGAAAGGGAGAGAAAAGGAGAAAAAGAGAGAGAAAAAUUUGGUCUCGAAAAUUCCAAAAAAUGCCAAAUCAAAAAAUGCCCUGGAAAAUGUGGAGAAUAUUCCGAAGAUCCAGAAAAGUGCCGGAAAUGCUCUGAAAAAUGCCGGAAAUGCCCUGAAAAAUGCCCCGAAAAUUCCAAAAAAUGUCAAAACGAAAAAUGCCCUGGAAAAUCUGAAGAAAGUCCCCCAGAUCCAGAAAAAUGUCCGAAUCGUCUCGAAAAAUGCCGGAAAUGCCCUGAAAAAUGCCCCGAGAAUGCCAAGAAAUGCCGGAAUUGUGUGGAAAAUGCCUCGGAAUAUGAAAAAUGCCCCGAUGUGUCUGAAGAAAGUCCCAAAAAUCCCCAAAAAUGUCCGAAUCGUCUCGAAAAAUGCCGGAAAUCCCCUGAAAAAUGCCCCGAAAAUGCCAAGAAAUGCCAGAAUUGUGCGGAAAAUGCCCCGGAACAUGAAAAAUGCCCCUCAAAAUCUGAAGAAAGUCCCAAAAAUCCCCAAAAAUGUCCGAAUCGUCUCGAAAAAUGCCGGAAAUCCCCUGAGAAAUGCCAAGAAAUGCCAGAAUUGUGUGGAAAAUGCCCCGGAACAUGAAAAAUGCCCCUCAAAAUCUGAAGAAAGUCCCAAAAAUCCAAAAAAAUGUCCGAAUCGUCUCGAAAAAUGCCAAAAGAGUAUUGAAGAAGGUUCCAGAAAAUGUCAGAAUCGUUUCGAAAAUGCCCCGGAAAGCGAAAAAUGCCUCAAGAAUUCUGAAUGCGGUCUUAAAAAUCCAGAAAAAUGCCGAACUCGACUAAAAAAUUCGGAAUCAAGUCCAAAAAAUGCCGAGAAAUGUCAAAAUGUUCCCCAAAACGCUGAUUCUAGUUCCCAAAAUACCGGAAAAUGCCAAAAUCGCGUCGAAAAAAUGUCGGAACACGAAAAAAAUGCCGAAAAAUCCAAAAAUUCCCGGAAAAUCGAUGAAAAAUGUCCGAAUUUGGAGAAUCAGGGACCAGUAAGUUGCCGGAUCCGUCCUGGGAACCGAAAACUUGGUACCGAUACUGAAAACUGGAACCGAUACCCCCCAGAGAAUGGUACCGAUACUGAAAACUGGAACCAGUACCCCCGAGAGAAUGGUACCGAUACUGAAAAUAGGAACCGAUACCCCCCAGAGAAUGGUACCGAUGCCGGAAACUGGAACCGAUACCCCCCAGAGAAUGGUACCGAUGCCGGAAACUGGAACCGAUACCCCCAAGAGAAUGGUACCGAUGCUGGAAACUGGAACCGAUACCCCCCAGAGAAUGGUACCGAUGCUGAAAACUGGAACCGAUACCCGCAAGAGACCCAAAAAUCUGGUACCGAUGCUGGAAACUGGAACCGAUACCCGCAAGAGACCCAAAAAUCUGGUACCGAUGCUGGAAAAUGGAACCGAUACCCCCCAGAGAAUGGUACCAAUACUGGAAACUGGCCCCGAAACCCUCAAGAGUGCCGACAACUUGGUACCGAUAACCCUAACUGGCCCCCAACACCUGGUACCGAUACUGACAAUUGGAACCGAUGUCCUCCAGAGACUAGACGUUUUGGUACCGAUAACCCAGACUGGCCCCGAAAACCUGGUACCGAUGCUGAAAACAGGAACCGAUAUCCUCCAGAGACCCGGAAAUCUGGUACCAAUGACGAAAAUUGGAACCGAUGCCCUACGGAGAAUCAACGUUUUGGUACCGAUAACCCAGAGUGGUCCCGUAAACCUGGUACCGAUGCUGAAAAUUGGAACCGGAACUCUAGGAUCGGUACCAAGUGUCCCUUCCUGAAGCGACCUCUCACAGCGCUGCUUCGAAGGUUCUUAGCGGGUCACGUGACGAGGAGGGGAAGCAGGGAAGCAUGGAGAGGCAGGCAACAGAAAGAAAUAGAAGAAGAAGAAGAAAACUUAGACAAAAAAUUAAAGAAAAAACAUAUUUCUCAAAAUUUCUCGCCCCAAAUCGCCCCAAAAUCGAAAAAAAGUUUGCAUUGUGAAAGUUUGGAAAAUUUCGAUAAAAGUUCACCAUUGUUAAGCCCGGUUCGAAAAUGUGAAGUUUUGGCGAAUUUGAGCCCAAGGGGAAAGUUGGAAAAUUCGGGAAAGUUUCGAGGCUCAGAAAGUUCGGGAAAGAAGUUUGAGAGUCUCGCAAGAAACUCCUCCAGAGAGGUUGAAAGUUCGGGGAAAAGUUCGAUGAAGUUUGAAAAUUCGAAAAGUUUGGAAAAGUUCAGAGCCGAACUUUUCCGGGCCAGUCCCAAAAUGAGGAAAAACUGCAAAAUCACGCCCUCGGAAAAUUUCUUGAACUUUCCACCGAAUUUUCCGCCACAAAAGUUCAAAAGUAAAAGUUCGGAUUUGCUCGAAAAAGAACUUGAAAUGGAGGAGGAGGAGGAGGAGGAGGAGGAGGAGGAGAAGGAAGAAGAGAAAGGAAGGGAAGAAGAAGAAGAGGAGGAGGAAGGAAGAAGAGGAGGAGGAGGAGGAGGAGAAGAAAAAGAGAAAAAAUUCGGAUUUCUUGAAAAUUUGAAAAGAUUAACGAAUUUCAGAAGAAGAAGAAGAAGAAGGAAAGAAGAAGAGGAGGAGGAGGAGGAGGAGGAGGAAGAAGAAGAGAAGAAGGAAGAAGAAGAAGAAGAAGAAGAGAAAAUGGAGGUACAGAAAGAGGAAGAGAGAGAAAAUGUGAGAAAGGAGGAGGAGGAGGAGGAGGAGGAGGAGGAGGAGGAAGAAGAGGAGGAGGAAAGAGAAGAGGAAAAUAUGGGCAAGAAAAGGACGAAGCGAGAAAAAGUCGGUGAAAAUUCGGCCGAAAUCGUUGAAAAUUCGCUUGAAAUCGGUGAAAAUUCGUUUGAAAUCGGUGAAAAUUCGCUUGAAAUCGGUGAAAAUGCGUCCAAAAUCGGUGAAAAGUCGCCCAAUAUCAGUGAUGAGAAGUCCCCCAUAGUCAGUGAAAAUUCGCCCCAAAUCGGUGAAAAUUCGACCAAAAUCAAUGAAAAUUCGUCGACCAAAGUCGGUGAAAAUUCGCUUGAAAUCGGUAAAAAUGCGCCCGAAAUCGGUGAAAAUUCGUCGUCCAAAAUCGGUGAAAAUUUGCCCAAAGUUGAUGAAAAUUCGUCCAAAGUUGAUGAAAAUUCGUCCAAAGUUGAUGAAAAUUCGUCCAAAGUUGAUGAAAAUUCACUCAAAGUUGAUGAAAAUUCACCCAAAGUCAAUAAAAACUCGUCUCCCGAAAUCGGUGAAAAUUCGCCCGAAAUCGGUGAAAAUUCGUCGCUCCAAAUCGGUGAAAAUUCGUCCAAAGUUGAUGAAAAUUCGACCAAGAUCAGUGAAAGAAAGUCACCCAAAAUCCGUGAAAAUUCGCCCAAGAUUAGUGAAAAUUCGACCAAGAUUAGUGAAAGAAAGUUACCCAAAAUCGGUGAAAAUUCUCCCAAAAUCAAUGAAAAUUCCCCCAAAAUCCAUGAAAAUUCUCCCAAAAUCCAUGAAAAUUCCCCCAAAAUCCAUGAAAAUUCCCCCAAAAUCCAUGAAAAUUCCCCCAAAAUCCAUGAAAAUUCCCCCAAAAUCCAUGAAAAUUCCCCCAAAAUCCAUGAAAAUUCCCUCAAAAUCCAUGAAAAUUUCCCCAAAAUCCAUGAAAAUUCCCCAAAAAUUCAUGAAAAUUCCCCCAAAACCAACGAGAGAGAAAGAGAAGGAGAAAAGAAGCAGAGAAGAGAGGAGGAAGAGGAAGAAGAGGAGGAGGAGGAGGAAGAGAGGAGGAAGAAGAAGAAGAAGAAGACAGAGGAGGAGGAGGAGGAGGAGGGGAAGAAGGAGAAGAAGAAGAAGAAGAAGAAGCUGCUCUCAAUCUUCCCUCUAUACAAUAGUACCAAUAGUACCAAUAGUAGUAGUAGUAGUAGUAGUAGUAGUAGUAGUAGUAGUAGAAGUAGUGUUAGGACCAAGCGAUUGAUGAAGGAGUAUAAAGUUCUAAGCAAAAGUUCGACCAAGUUCUUCAGCGUCGACCUGGUUAACGAUUGCUUGGACGAAUGGUUGGUAAGUUCGAUUAGAGACAAGUUCGGGGCGCGUUCUAACACGUUCUAACACGUUCUAACACGUUCCAAGUUCAAAUUCUUAAGGUCAUGCUCUCAAAAAAAGUUCAGAAUGCAAAUAACGUAAAAAAGUUGGGUAAUUUUAAGUUCUAACACGUUCUGACAAGUUCUAACAGGUCCGAGUAGGGGCUCCGGUAAGAUCGUAUGUUUAAAAAAAGUUCCAGAUGCAAAAACCGUAAGAAAGUUCGGUAAUUCUAAGCUCUAACAAGUUCUGAGACGUUCUAACACGUUCUAAGAGGUUUCGAGUUCAAGUUCUUUUAAGGUCAUGUUCUCAAAAAAGUUCAAAAUGCAAAUAACGUAAAAAAGCUCGGUAAUUUUAAGUUCUAACACGUUCUGACAGGUUCCCCGAGUUCAAGUUCUUCAGGUCAUGUUCUCCAAAAAAAGUUCAAAAUACAAAUAACGUAAAAAAAGUUCAAAAUACAAAAAAAAGUUCAAAAUACAAAUAACGUAAAAAAAGCUCAGUAAUCCUAAGUUCUAACAAGUUCUGACACGUUCUAACACGUUCCGAGUAGGGGCUCCGGUAAGAUCGUAUGUUUAAAAAAAGUUCCAGAUGCAAAAACCGUAAGAAAGUUCGGUAAUUCUAAGUUCUAACAAGUUCUGACACGUUCUAACCGGUUCCGAGUUCAAGUUCUUAAGGUCACGUUCUCGAAAAAGUUCAAGAAAGAUGCAAAUAACGGAAAAAAGUUCACUAAGUCUAAUAAGUUCGAACAUAUUUGUAUUGGAUUUAAAACCUUAUCAUCGGUAAUACAAUUCGCAUGUUGAGGUUAAAUUUAUCCCACUCUGUAAAUUUGCGUUUCACUUCAAGGCCUAUUUACACACAAACCGCUAUGCCUAGAGGAAAGUCAUCUAGGACAAAUAUGUGUAGAAUUUAAUUGCCUAUCUUUUUGUCUCUAUGCCUUUUUCCCGUAAAAUGCGCCGUUUGGGAGAAAAAGCUUGUUAUCUGGGUUUGAGUGUACGGCGAAAAUACUCAGACUCGAAUUUACCUGUCAAACGUGUUCCCUUCCCUUUUCAUCCGUUCUCUUCCCGUCUUUUCCAUUCUCUUCCCGUCCACUUAUAGGAAAAAUUCUCCUUUUUCUUCUCGUGUUGUCCGUUUCUCUCUAUUUCCUCUUGUUCUCUCUCUAUCUCAAUUUUUAUCAACACUUUUCUCAUCUUUUCUUCUACAAAAUAUCUAAAUUGGCAAUACAUCCUUCUUCUUUCCCUCCUCUUUUCUCCUCUUUCCUCUUGCUCUUUCUUCUUCUCUUUCCACCAAAUUAUAGAACAAUCUUUCCUCUUUCUCCUGGUGUUAUCCGUUUCUCUCUAUCUCUCCUCGUUCUCUCUCUAUCUCUAUUUUUAUCAAUACUUUUCUCAUCUUUCCUUCUACAAAAUAUCUAAGUUGACAAUAUGUUCUUCCCCUUUUCUCCUCUUUCCUCUUGCUCCUCUUACCCCUCCUUCCAUCCACUUAUAGAAAAAUCUCUUCUCUUUCUUCUCCUGUUAUCCGUUUCUCUCUACCUUCUCUCGUUCUUUCUCUAUUUUCAUUUUUAUUACAACUUUUCCAUCUCCCACUCUUCCAAAAUGUAGGGGUUGGCAAUAUACCAUUCCUCUUUCCCUCCUCUUUUCUCCUCUUUCCUCUUAGGCCUCUUCCUCCUCUUUCCACCAACUUACAGAACAAAAUCUCCUCUUUCUCCUCGUGUUAUCCGUUUCUCUCUUUCUUCUCUCGUUCUCUCUCUAUCUCUAUUUUUAUUACAACUUUUCCAUCUUCCAAAAUGUAGGGGUUGGCAAUAUAUCCUUCCUCUUUCCCUCCUCUUUUCUUCUCUUUCCUCUUUGUCCUCCUCCUUCUCUUCCCACCAACUUACAGAACAAAAUCUCCUCUUUCUCCUCGUGUUAUCCGUUUCUCUCUAUCUCCUCUCGUGUUCUCUCUAUCUCCAUUUUUAUCAACACUUUUCAUAUCGCA